UGUGUGUGUGUGUGUGUGUGUGUGUGUGUGUGUGUGUGUGUGUGUUCGUUCGUUCCUUCCUUCGUGAUGGCCGCUGCUCAGGACUCUCCUCUUUAUCUGGGCUUUGAUUUCAGCACGCAGCAGCUGAAGAUGGUGGCAGUGGAUGGAAACCUGAAGGUGGUUCAUCAGAACAAUGUGCAAUUUGACUCCGAACUACCAGAGUUCAGAACUCAGGGCGGAGUUCAUAUUCACACAGACAGACUGACAGUAACCUCACCUGUGCUGAUGUGGGUGAAGUGUGAUUGGCUGCUAUGUGUUUGUGUCUGUCUUCAGGCUCUGGGCCUGCUAUUGGACAAGGCGAAGAGGGCGGGGCUUGACUUCUCCCGUGUCAGUGCAUUGUCUGGCAGUGGCCAGCAACAUGGCAGUGUGUACUGGAGAAGAGGAGCGUCUGAGACUCUGCAGCAGCUCGACCCAGAGCAGAACCUGCACCAGCUGCUGCAGGACAGUUUCUCAGUGUCUGACUGUCCUGUGUGGAUGGACUCAAGCAGCAGUCGGCAGUGUCAGGACCUGCAGGCAGCAGCAGGGGGAGCUCUAAGACUGGCAGAGAUCACUGGAUCCAGAGCAUACGAGCGUUUCACAGGAAACCAGAUCGCCAAACUGAGACAGACCCGACCAGACGAGUAUCAGGACUCUGAGAGGAUCUCAUUGGUCAGCAGCUUUGCAGCCUCUCUCUUCCGCGGUGGUUACGCUGCCAUCGACUACAGUGACGGUUCAGGGAUGAAUCUGUUGGACAUCAGGACCAGAAACUGGUCUGAGAUCUGCCUGGAAGCCACCGCUCCUCAUCUGGACCGACUGCUGGGAGCUCCGCUGCCCUCCACAUCUAUACUGGGUCCCGUGUCCUCCUACUUUGUGCAUCGAUAUGGUUUCUCUGAGAGCUGCAGGGUGGUGGCUUUCACUGGAGACAACCCAGCAUCUCUGGCAGGAAUGAGGCUCCAGCAAGGAGACAUCGCUGUGAGUUUGGGUACCAGUGAUACAGUGUUUCUGUGGAUCCAGCAGCCUUGCCCGGCGUUGGAGGGUCACAUCUUCUGUAACCCAGUGGACUGGCAGGCGUUCAUGGCUCUGCUGUGCUUUAAGAAUGGUUCUCUGACAAGGGAACGAAUCAGGAACAAGUGUGCUGGAGGAUCAUGGGAACAUUUUUCAGUGGCCUUGAGAGAAACACCGCUUGGAAACAAUGGAAACAUAGGCUUUUAUUUUGACACCUUAGAGAUCACACCUCCUGCAAUUGGAGUUCAUCGCUUCAACCAGGAUGACAACAAGGUGUCCUCACUGAGUCCUCAGGAGGAGGUUCGGGCGCUGGUGGAGGGUCAGUUUCUGUCCAGGAGGCUCCAUGCUGAGAGGCUGGGAUACUCCAUCAUUCCAGGAACCAGAGUGUUGGCAACAGGAGGAGCCUCAUCUAAUAAAGAGAUCCUGCAGGUUUUAUCUGAUGUGUUUAACGCUCCGGUUUACACCAUCGACCUGUCCAACUCUGCCUGCCUGGGGUCGGCCUACAGAGCUCUGCACGGCCUUGUUGCAGAAUCUGGAGUUUCCUUCUUUGAUGUGGUGAAGAGAGCACCGGAACCACAACUGGUUGCCACCCCGCAUCCUACUGCACAGGAGGUGUAUGAUCACAUGCUGAAGCGCUUCGCCCGAUUGGAGGAGAAAGUCCUGCAGGAGACCUGCCCCUAAGCUACAGCCACCAAUCAGUGUCGUUGAAGAAGUGUGCGCCCUUUGAUGAAGAUAAUAAAAACUUCUUUUUUUUAAAAAAAAAAACAACAACAACAAACACUUGAUUU